AGUUUGUCUGUGACUUCCGUGUUGAGAGGAGCGAUUCAGCUGCUGCCGCGGCCUGCCGACGGAGUUUUUCUCGUAAACAUCAAAGACUGGAGCUAGAAGAUAUUUGACGCAGCGGAUCAAGGUUGUCAGUCAUCAACGGAGUUGCUGGAGAGUUUUCACUAGGAGCGGCCGGCGAUGUGAGCUGAGAGAUUACGAUGGCGCUGGACGAGCAGACAGCGCUGGUGCUGUCGCUGCAGCUGGUGGCGCUGUGCGCCGUGGCGCUCGGCCUGCUGCUCUACCUGGUGUGCCGCCUGCGCGCCGCCCCCGCCGACGCCGCCCCCGGCGACACCCCCGCGUGCGCCGCCCCCGGGCCCGCGCCGCGCGCCGUGCUGGUGACGAGCGCCGAGACGGCGCUGGGGCUGCAGUGCGCGCUGCGCCUGUCGCGCCUCGGCUACCGCGUCUUCGCCGGCGUCUCGCCGCCCCCGGACGCCUACGACGCGGGCCCCGGAGCCGCCCUCGCCAAAGGCAUCGCGCUCGCCGCAGAGUCGGAAGACGACGACGACGAUGACGAGGACGUAGACUCCUCCACUGACGCGCACAGUGAUGCCGGCGUCUCGCCGGAGGCACGUACAGGUGCGUUGCCGCCUACAGACGCCGGCUCUGAAGAGAGUCCACCCACAGGCGAGGGGGCGGACCCGACGCCUCCGCCGUCAGCCCCAGCGUCGCCGCUGCAUACGACGCCACCGGUCAUCGCGACGCCUCCUCCCACCAGACCGGCGUCGUCCCGGGGCAGCCGUCGCUGGAGCGGCGUGCUGGGAGUGCUGCGAGCGGCGGCGAAGGCCCGCGAGGCGACUGGAGCUGGAAGGCUGGUGGCCAUCCCGCUGGACGUGACCAGGGAGGACCUGCUCCACGAGGCCACCGACCUGGUGCGCGCACACCUGCCCGCCGGCGAGGACGGCCUGUGGGCGGUGGUGAACACGUCGGGGUCCUGCUGCCGCGGCCGGCUCGACGCCCAGGGCUCGGCGCAGUGGGAGCAGGUGCUGCGCCUCAACGUGGUGGGCGCCCUCAGGACGGCCAGGGCCUUCCUGCCGCUGCUCAGGCAGGCCAAGGGUCGGCUGGUGACGGUGGGGGCGAGUCCGCCGGGAGCCGGGCUGGCGGCGACGACGGCGGCGCGGUACGCGGUGGAGGGUGCUUGCGCCGCCCUGCGCCGUGAGCUGGCCCCCCUGGGCGUCGCCGUGGUGACGCUGCGGCCCGAGCCGCGCGCGCCCGGCCUACCUGCCGAGAUGCUGUUCGCCGCGCCCAGCCUCCCUCGCCAGAUUCGCCGGGAAGGAGACACCGUGGUGGACAUCCAGCCAGCAGAGUACAAGUACAAGGAAAGCGACUUCUCGGUGUUGACGCCGCACGCCAUGAGGAUCCUGGAAGAGGCCAUCAGCGCGCCCAAGCCCCGGGACACCUACCAGCUGAGCUCGCGCCGCAAGUUCCCCAGCCUCGGCGGUUUGGUCACCGUGCUGAAGAAGAAGAUCAGCAGCCACAGAUACAAGCCGCAGAUCAUGUAGGCCCCCAGUGCCGGAGGGCUUGGGACGGGGACGGCCAAAGCAACACUCCACAGACAGUGUGCAUGUAGUCUAGACGCCAGCCAUACUUGGGAAGACGUUUCACUACAGCAUUUCUCACCAGAAAAAAAAUUCUUGGUCUUAAUUCCUUACCUACUUCACAAAAGUACUGAAAACUUAAAAUAUGUCCAAAUGACAAUAUAUUGCCGCUCUGGCCAUUAUUUCAGGAAUUAAAAUAACACUUUAUUUUGUUUCCAUUACUGCACAGAUUAGGCCAUGAAGCCAAUUUAAUGUGAUUGUAUAUCAAAACAUUUCCAAGAGGAAAUACAGUGAAACUUCAUUCAUUCACCCUAACUUUUUGUUCAGUUGAAAACCUGUGUUAUUGAUAAAGCUUUCUUCAGGUCGUUAUCAACCGCCGAUAAAUAUUUGGAAAAAAUCCUUCUUUUGUGGGAACAGCCGUACAAAUUUGUUUACUCUCUACAGGUUUUUGGCACUGGCUACCAUCUCAAAGCAAGUAAUAAUAUACAACAAUUGGUAAAAAAUACAUCUUUUCUAAAUAUGACAACAUGAAGUAUAACAUGUGAUGAAUUAUCACAUUGCUCAUUUCCUGAAUAUCCACUGCAGUAGAUUUAUGCAAUAAAAGUUUGCCAACAUCUACACAUUUGAUCUUAACAACAAAUAAUCACCACAUGCUCAGUCAGAGCAGGAUCUGUAUCCAUUCUCUGAAUGAGCUUGUGGUAGUUAUCUGCUAUUAAGAUGAAGCAUGUACAUAUUAUCACAUUUCGACCGUGUAAAUCUAUGAUAUGUGAAUACGGCAGCCAGUAGCAAAACUUAUAGAGAAUAAAUAAAGUUGUACAGUGUAUUGUUGAUCUUAAAGUCUGUAUUGUUGACCUGAAAGUCUGUAUUAUUGAAAGUCCAUAUUGAUGAAAGUCCAUAUUAUAGAAUUCUUGUCCAAAAUAGUUAUUUGUAUCUACAUUUCGGAAUAUACAGUGAGGUUGUGGUGAAAUAAAAGAUUAACUGUGUUUUCUGCUGACAUUUUGUAAAGAAUUGAGUUCCAAAAUGAGCCAGUGUCAUCUCUCUUGUGGACCUGAGCCAAAGAAAAGUUUCCCCCCCACUAUAACAUAUAUUCAUUAUUUAUACAUUUACGACAUCUUAACCUAAGCUUACCCCCACACGCUUUUCUGUUAGAAAUAAUUUGCUGAUAUUGGAAUCUGAAUAGUCAUUCAGUACUAUUCUCGAAGCCCUUUGGUCAAAUUUAUCUGAAAAACUAGACCCCUCUCCUAGAGUAUUGUUAUUUGUUCCUGGUUUGCACAGCAUCAUCAGUGGCGAUCAGUUUUGAUCCAGUUGUCCUUUUUAAUUUUGUGACUAGUACGUCUUGUUUUAUCACAAAAUCGAAAGCUUUUUGGCAUUUUUUCCUUAAGUCAUAAAAACUUGAGUUAGCAAUCUCAGACUCUAUCUUUACAUUGUGGCUCUCUGAUUUUAUCAUCUAAACAUAACCAUUUAUAUAUUCUUUACAUUUGUUCUGGUUACGGUAUUCUACUGUUAGAUACUUUAACACACUUUUAAGUGAUCACAGAGCUGUACUUUAACACAGCUCGUCAUGUGGGCGUCAGUAAGCGAACUGAGGAAGCUUUGACUCUGUUGCCUGCUUAUGAUCAGCAAAGAUACAGACGCUAUUCAUUAUCGAUCUCAGGUGAAGUGAACUGGAAGGGAGGAAUUGUGUUCAACAUUUCACAUGUAAAGAGUGAGGCCCCAAUAAUGAUUGGUACAGUAAGGUGCGAUUCACUUUGCAAUAUAAAAGCCAUUCAGAGUUACCACGAAUUCAAAAUUAGGAAAAUCCGAAUAGCAAUGGGUCUUUACCAUUAAAGACAUAAUACCAAGUGUAUUCUGAACAGCAGUCACGUAUUAUUCCACUUAGCGCUAUAAGAACGCAUUGAUCUGUGUAUAGCGAUUCCUCGUUGUUUGUGAGGUAAUAGUCAUUUGAAAAUGGCAAUUCAGUCGAAACUGUGCAGUAAUGAAAGCAAUAUAAAGAACUGUUUUAAUCCUUCCAGUGACAGUGUGCCAGAAUAUUGACAUUCAGACAAUUUGUGGUGACUGUGGGCAUUAUUGCGACUCAGAUUUGAAAGAUAUUGCAUAUUGUCGUAUUUCGAGAUAUAACUUGAAUGUGGAGAGCUGCUUUUGCAGAUACACGACUCACUGAUACCUCAUCUGCUGAACGCUUGUAUAGCAUCAUACUUCAUUUUACUUCCAUAGCAUUCUUUUUUUACAUUUGUAUAUAAUGGAUUGUGUAUAUACUGGGAUUGUAUGUCGUUUAUUGGCAUGAGAAUAACGCUUGCACAUAUAAAACAGAUACAACUAAUAUUCAGAAGUUAUAAUCAACAUUGUUUUUGGUGGCCAACAAAAUCAUCCACAGCCGUGGAAAGGCUAAUAAUUGAUUAACAUUAGAUAAAUUUAUAUUAUAAUCAAUUAUAUUUCAUUUUUAUAUAUCAUAUCAUGUAUCAUAAACAUAUGUAUAAUAAAAGGUAAUAUUACAUUCUUUCUGUAAAUAACCCAUAUUACACUUGUUGAAAUGAGCACCUAGAAAUUCGUCACAUGUUAUGAAUGUGUAGUUGUAUAUUUUGUACUAACACAAAUCAUGUUUUUUGAAAUAUAUUGUGUCAUUAAAUAUAUAGUUUUUCAUUGAA